AUGUUGAUGAUGAGCCCAACUUUGAGGAGUUUAUGGUUCUUGUCCACCACAGUCGUCACUAUUCUUGGACUCUUAGGACAAAACCUCCCCUGCGUUUUGUCUAGCCCACACCGUAUUCUGGUGGAUACAGAUGUCGACACAGACGAUUUAUUCGCUCUACUCUACCUCUUGAAACUCAACAGAUCAGAAUUCGAUCUAGUCGGGAUUACGUUGAGUGCAAAUGCGUGGACAAACGCAGGACACGGAGUGAAUCAUUUGUACGAUUUAUUGCACAUGAUGGGUCGUGAUGAUAUCCCAGUUGGUGUCGGCGGCGAAGGUGGGGUUCUCGCCGACGGUACUAUCCUCUCUGACGUCGGUGGUUAUCUUCCGAUCAUCGAACAGGGGAUGACAACAACAGGAGAGUGUAGAUACAGACAAGCCAUUCCUAAAGGGUCUGGAGGCCUACUUGACAUCGACUCCAAUUAUGGCUUUCGUAAACAGUUUCUUCCUCAGGGGAACAGAAGUUACACUCCCCUUCGACAACCAACGGCACAAAAAGUAAUCACCGACAAAGUUUCCGAAGGUCCAGUCACCGUAAUCCUCAUCGGAUCCCACACGAAUUUCGCUCUCUUCAUGAUGUCAAAUCCUCACCUGAAACAUAACAUCAACCACAUCUACGUCAUGGGAGGAGGAGUACGGUCGCGAAACCCCACCGGCUGCUGUCCGGCGAACUCCACGGCUGCGGAAUGUCAACCUAGACAGUGUGGAAACCGUGGAAACUUGUUCACAGAUUAUACAAGUAAUCCUUACUCUGAAUUCAACAUGUUCGCUGAUCCUUUCGCUGCUUAUCAGGUGUUUCAUUCAGGUGUCCCAGUGACUUUGGUUCCUCUAGAUGCAACCAACACAAUACCUAUCAACAAGAAAUUCUUUGAAACAUUCGAAAACAACCAGAGAACAUACGAAGCUCAAUACACUUUCUUAUCUUUGAAAAUUGCCAGAGACACUUGGUUCGACGAUGAAUUCUACCAGAGCUAUUUCAUGUGGGAUUCUUUUACGGCUGGUGUUGCAGUCUCCAUCAUGAGAAACUCUGGCAAAAAUAACAACAAAAAUGGUGAGAACGAUUUUGCGGAGAUGGAGUAUAUGAACAUAACCGUUGUUACUUCAAACAAACCUUAUGGAAAAUCCGAUGGCUCAAACCCAUUCUUUGAUAAAAGAAGAACUCCAAAAUUUAACCUAACCCUUGGAGGAGUUCACAGUGGUCAUGUUCAGAUGGGUUUGCGAGAUCCAUUCUGCAUACCGAAAAGCGGAAAAGGACGGUGUAAGGUUGAGAUAAAUCUUAGGAAUCUACUUAUGAAACUCUCAAGUACGGUUCUCAGGGAGGGAAUUGACACGCCUAUUCCGACCGUGGAGAACAGGCCAUUCAACAAGGAGAUUCUGAAAUGGCGGAGGCUUGGUUCGCUCAAGCCGCCGAGUAUUGGAAACAGGCUAUAA